CUGUAUCAUCGAAUUGUACGGCAGACACAAGACAACGUAAAGGCAAGCCACUACUUUGCAGAAAUCAUGAGGAGCAAAUAUGGAAAAAUGUUUCAGCUGCUCUUAGCACUUGGAUUAGUGAACCUUUCGUGCGCUAUCAAGGAGGACCACGGUUUAAUGGAUCUGAUGGAAAUAAGUGUUAAGAAACCGUCAGAACCUGUCUUGGCUGAGAAUGAGAAAAUUUUCCCAGCAAGGAAAAAUCGUGCACCUCGUCAGCAAAGGUGGCCUUUCGUUGUUUACGGCGGGUGUUCAGCCAGGCCGCGACUUAUUGAAAAUAUUCCAGGCGUUGCUGAGACCGUUAACGUAAUUGGCCCUGACCAAUAUGAUGAAGAGGACAAACUACACCAAUUCACCGAGGCUGAUUUUGAGUUAAACGGCGAGCCGAGUGUAGUUGAUAUGAUCAUGUCAAGUCUUCAUCAUCGUCCUUAUCAGCAGAAUUAGAAAUCUUGUUCUCCUCAAGAUAAUAAAUUAUCGAAAGGAUAAUCGGAACCGUAAAUAUUUAUUUAUUUAUGUACAUAAAUAAAAUCACAAUAUUAAUUGUGAAAAUUAUAACAUAAAUUUUAACA